GCAGGAGCAGGGCAGGGUCGGGCCGGGGUCGGCGGUUCGGGAGCCCCGGAGGCGGCGACCCCGGAGGGGAAAGCGGAGGGCCGCGGGGCCCCGGCGGCGGGAUUGCGCCCUGCGCGCGCGGUGGCCCCGGCUGAGGUCUCGGGCCUCGGAGCGCCAUGAGCUCCCCGCCGCCCGCCCGCAGGGGCUUCUACCGCCAGGAGGUGACCAAGACCGAGUGGGAGGUGCGCGCCGAGUACCGCGACCUGCAGCCGGUGGGCUCGGGCGCCUACGGCGCCGUGUGCUCGGCCGUGGACAGCCGCUCGGGCGCCAGGGUGGCCAUCAAGAAGCUGUACCGGCCCUUCCAGUCGGAGCUGUUCGCCAAGCGCGCCUACCGCGAGCUGCGCCUCCUCAAGCACAUGCGCCACGAGAACGUAAUUGGGCUGCUGGAUGUGUUUACUCCCGAUGAGACACUGGACGACUUCACGGACUUGCCUCGGCCAGGGAAGGGCAGCAGGACGGCAGCCUUGCCCUUGACCCCUGCCUGGGCCCCACGCCGGCAGCUACCUGGUGAUGCCGUACAUGGGCACAGACCUGGGCAAGCUCAUGAAGCACGAAAAGCUGAGCGAGGACAGGAUCCAGUUCCUCGUGUACCAGAUACUGAAGGGGCUCAAGUACAUCCACGCUGCAGGCAUCAUCCACAGGGUGGGUCCCAGCCGGUCGGUGAGCCUGCCCCACUGACCCGCUGGCCUGGCGCCCCCAGCCUCCGCUUCUCACCUGCAAGGGGGCUCGUGACGGGGGCUGGUGGGAGAGUGUGCGACACCCACACACGGUCCCACGAGAAGCCCAGGCCCCCCUGGAGGGCUGCAGGGCCGAGGGGUGGGCUGAAGGUCCGGCCAUCACUGCUCUGUCCCCAGGACCUGAAGCCGGGCAACCUGGCUGUGAACGAGGACUGCGAGCUGAAGAUCCUGGACUUCGGCCUGGCCCGGCAGGUGGACAGCGAGAUGACUGGGUACGUGGUGACCCGGUGGUACCGGGCGCCCGAGGUCAUCCUGAGCUGGAUGCACUACACGCAGACAGUCGACAUCUGGUCUGUGGGCUGCAUCAUGGCGGAGAUGAUCACCGGGCAGACGCUAUUCAAGGGCAGUGACCACCUGGACCAGCUGAAGGAGAUCGUGAAGGUGACGGGGACUCCGUCGCCCGACUUUGUGCAGAGGCUGCAGAGUGCGGACGCCAAGAACUACAUGAAGGGCCUCCCCGAGCUGGAGAAGAAGGAUUUUGCCUCCAUCCUGACCAACGCAAGCCCUCUGGCCGUGAACCUGCUGGAGAAGAUGCUGGUGCUGGACGCGGAGCAGCGGGUGACGGCGGCCGAGGCGCUGGCGCACCCCUACUUCGAGUCCCUGCACGACCCGGAGGAGGAGCCCAGGACGCAGAAGUACGACGACUCGUCGGACCUCGCGGAGCGCACGCUGGAGGACUGGCGGCACCACAGGCUCCUCUGUGGUCCCCGCCCCUCAGACUGCGGCCUGGAGCCUCCGCUCUGAUGAGGGCGGGGUGGACCGUGGGCUGGUGGCGGCUGAGCCCGGGCCGGGAGCGCGGACGCCGUUUCUGGCCAUGACCUCUCGCUCCUCCUCCUCACCUGGCCACACGUGGACCGGGAGGCACCGAGCGUGGGCGUUACCCGCUCUGAAGCUGCGGAAUAUGGGUGCCCCCUGGCCCCGAGCCCCAGGCCCCGAGCCCCUCCCUGCCCCCGGCGGUGGCCCCGUGGAUCCGGGAACACGUCCGCAGGCGAGGAACGCAGCGCUCAGCCAGGUGGUGGGAGCAGCUCUCACCCAAGGCUUCACGUAGAUUCAGGACACAGAAGGCGGGUCGUGUCCUGGUGGGGUCUGAGGUUGACCCCAGGGAGCAUCUGGCUGGUUCCUGGGACUGGGACAUGGUCCCUUUAUGAGGGGAGGGGCAGCCACUCCCGGGGGCAGAGGGGUUACAGGAGACCCCACCAGGGACGAGGGUCCCUGUGGAUGGACUGGGGGUGACAGCAGCUGUGGGAGAGGCCUGGGAACAGACAAAAGGGCCGCCUGGUGCCUCCGCCCCCAGCAGCGACCUCUGACCUGAUGCUCUGGGCCAGGCAGGGCCGUCCCUAGGCCAGCGGGGACCAACCUGUGCAUGGGGCUGGGAGCGUCCCCCACCCCGAGCAGGACUUCUCGAUGCGGGUCCAAGUUUUGACAAGCCGUCUCGGGGUCCCGGCCGGUCGUGGAUCCAGGGUGGGCUCUGUGGGGGCCGAUUCUGGUGGGUGAUGGUCCCUUCUCCCCGUGACUGUCACUCCUCCCAGGUGUCACCUACAAGGAGGUGCUCAGCUUCAAGCCUCCCCUGCAGCUGGGGCCCCAGGUCUCCAAGGAGACAGCCCUGUGAAGACACUCUGGGGCCCUGGCUGCCACCUUCCGCAUCCCAGGCAUCUACUUGGAGGGGUUCAGAGUAGACCUCCUUGUUCUGUGAACCCCUCAAGUCUCUCCUGUUCUCGGGUGCCCCCUCACCCUGAGCUCAGGAGUGUCGGCACCUUCCGGUCAGGCUUGGCCGGGGGCCGGCCACUCCUCAGACGCACCUGGGUGAGGUGGGGUCACCGCUGAGCUGGAGGACAGAGGGGUGCCCUGGGCACCGACUCAGGGACACUCUCCUGGGCGGUCUUGGUGCCGGUGGGUGCUCCUGCACCCCCCUCCCUGCCUGAAAUGUAAAUCGGCCCCACGGCUGGAAGGAAAUAAACGUUUGGGUGGCUCUCGA